AGAUGAAGACAGCCAUGGAAAUGACAAAACAAAGUGCAAGUUAUCCAAACAUGACAUCCCUCUCUCCAAAUUAUACAAAGUGUGUAAACAUCAAUAUUCCGGAAGAAAUUUUCUUCAGCAUCUCAGCUGUUGGCAUUCUGGAAAAUGUUCUUGUCCUCAUUGCUGUGAUCAAAAACAAAAAACUUCACUUACCCAUGUACUUUUUUAUUUGUAGUUUAGCUGUUUCUGAUAUCCUAUCAAGCCUGUAUAAAAUUUUAGAGAGCAUCAUGAUGAUUCUAGUCAGAGCUGGUCAUCUACAAAAAAAAGGUCUAUUUGAGCAAAGGAUGGAUGAUGUUAUGGACUGGUUUUUUGUAUUGUCACUACUUGGAUCAAUAUUCAGCCUAUCUGCUAUUGCAGUAGAUCGAUACAUAACUAUAUUUUAUUCCCUUCGUUACCACAACAUCAUGACUGUUAGAAGAGCUUGGAUCAUCUUGGCCGCAAUCUGGACAUUUUGUGGUGGAUGUGGACUAGGUAUACUCAUCAAUUUCCAUGACACAGUAACAAUACUGCUCUUUACUGUAAUGUUUCUGCUGCUGUUAGUGUUCAUGGUUUGUCUUUACAUUCAUAUGUUCCUUCUAGCUCAAUCGCAUGCCAAAAAGAUUGCUUCACUCUCCGGUCAAUGGAAUACAGUGCAACAAAGGACAAACAUGAAAGGAGCAAUUACACUGACCAUUUUACUGGGAGUAUUUAUUUGCUGUUGGUCUCCAUUUUUUCUUCAUCUUAUUUUAUUUUCAUUUUGCCCAAACAAUCCUUAUUGUGCUUGUUACAUGUCAACUGUAUACAUAAAUUGUACCCUUAUCUUGUGCAAUUCUGUCAUUGACCCAUUGAUUUAUGCAUUCCGAAGUCCAGAGCUACAAAGCACAUUCAAGAAAAUGUUGUGUUGUUAAGCGUUUUGAAUUGCAAAGAUGUCAACAUGGAAAAUGAAACAUAAGAAAUGGAACACCUGGAAGAGUAUAGUUAACUUUGUCAAGACGGAGCUAUAUUUAGUAUUCAGCUUACAGAUGUCACUGUAACAUGAACGUGACAUGUACAAGUAAAACAAGCAGACAAAAUGU